UCGACCGUCGACAGAGAGAGAUCCUCGUAACCAUCGCUGCGAGGCUUGGCCGCUUGCGCUGCCGGUCAUUAGGCAGGGACGGGGGGAGGAGCGAGGGGGGCGCUGUCAAAUCGACCAUGCGCCAUGGCGCCGCUGCCGCGGGCCGUCUAGAUCCACCAUACCACCGCAGCCACCAUGUCGUGGUCGUCGCUGACGAGCGGCGACACGUACAAGUCGCCAGCGUUCAUCGCGCUGGUGAGCGCGCUGUGCGUGGCCGUGCUGCUGCUGCUGCACCACUGCGUCCUCGUCGCCUGCUGCCACGGCGGCGACAGGCGACGCCGGAGGCAGCAGCACCACCACCGGCGCGUCGUCGGCGUGGUCAGCGCCAGCACGGCCGACACGCGGCGGCAACGGCAGCCGGAAGAGGAAGAGGAGGCGAGCGUCAGCGUGGAGGUGAGCGCGACGUCGCGGACGCACCUGGUGGGCGCAGCGGUGGUGUGCCGGUACCGCAAGGAGGAGGCCUGGAACGAGUCGACGUGCCCGGUGUGCCUGGCCGACUUCGACGACGGCGAGGUCGUGCGGGUGCUCCCCGAGUGCAUGCACUACUUCCACGCCGACUGCAUCGACACGUGGCUGCGCGGGAGCACCAGCUGCCCGAUGUGCCGCGCCGAGACCACGCCCACGCCCACGCCUAGCCCGGCCUCCGUGCGCCACCACCUCGAGCUCUCCGUCUCCCUCGAGGAGAUCCUCGUCGCGACGUGAGCAGCGCCCCGGACCAUCUUCACGUGGGACCGAAGGCGUAGGCUGCGGCGCUCCAGUCACCGGAAGCGUAGCGAUAAACAGCCACGGAAGGAAGAAGGGGAAGCUGGGUGCUGGUGCAUGGCUCUGCUUCAUUCACAUGAACGUGGUCGGAGACAGAGCAAAGGCAUGCAUGGCCCGGAUUUCUUCCAUUUUUUUGGGAUUAGAGGGUCUCAAAUUCUUAGCGAUUAUUUUUUUUAAAACUAGCACGCUAUUUCUGAUUUAUGAUGGCAUGCCAAGAUUAUGCUUUGCUGCCACUAC